AUGGUCGCCUCCACCGCCCCAGACCAGCCGGCCCCCACCAUGCCCAUCAAGAUCUUCUCCGCAGGGCUGGCGGCCUGCACCGCGGAUGUGAUCACCUUCCCUCUGGACACCGCCAAAGUCCGGCUCCAGAUUCAAGGCGAAACCCCGAUCUCCAGUGGCAUCAGGUAUAAAGGCGUCCUGGGCACCAUCACCACCCUGAUCAAGACGGAGGGGCCCAUGAAGCUCUACAGCGGGCUGCCCGCGGGCAUCCAGAGGCAGAUCAGCUUCGCCUCUCUGAGGAUCGGCCUCUACGACUCCGUGCAGGAGUUCUUCAGCUCGGGCACGGACGGCCCACCCACUCUGGGAAGCAAGAUCUCCGCAGGCCUGACGACUGGCGGCGUGGCCGUGUUCAUCGGGCAGCCCACGGAGGUGGCGAAGGUCAGGAUGCAAGCCCAGAGCCACCUGCACGGCCUCAAGCCCCGCUACACCGGCACCUACAACGCUUACAGAGUCAUAGCCACCACGGAAGGCUUCCUGGGGCUUUGGAAAGGGACCAGUCUCAACCUGACAAGGAAUGUGAUCAUCAACUGCACAGAGCUGGUGAUGUAUGACCUGAUGAAGGAGGCCCUUGUGAAGAACAAGGUGCUAGCAGAUGACGUCCCCUGCCACGUCGUGUCGGCUCUCGUCGCUGGGUUUUGCACGACGGCGCUGGCUUCCCCGGUGGACGUGGUGAAGACCAGAUUCAUCAAUUCUCCCCCGGGACAGUACCCGCACGUGCACAGCUGCGCGCUGGCCAUGCUGCACAAGGAAGGGCUGUCGGCUUUCUUCAAAGGGUUCGUGCCGUCCUUCCUGCGGCUGGGCUCCUGGACCGUCAUCAUGUUCGUGUGCUUUGAGCGGCUGAAGCGCGAGCUGAUGAAGUCCAGGCAGACGGUGGACUGUGCCACAUAGCCCUGCCGGGCCCAGCCCGCGCCGGCUCCAGAGUGAAUACUAAAAAAUGCCUGUGCACUUCAUUUCACCCUAGAAAGAUAAAUGAGUUCCGCACGAACAGAGUCUGGGGAUCUUUUUUUAAACAAAAAUGAACACCUGUCUCUCUUAUUCUCCUUGUUGGAAGGAGAGGAAAGCAAAACACUCAGUGUGUCUCCUGAGAUACUAGAGGGACAAGACGGUGAUCUGAGCUUCAGUUUGCUGACUUGGCACCCUGGGUAGGAGAAACUCCAUUUUGGGCCUGCAAAGUUGUCUCAACAGCUGUCAGGUACGGUGUAAUUCUGCGUUCAUAGGCUCCACGUUCCUCUUAUGGUUGUGUUUUCUACCCUUAAGACUUCAUAAGGGUCCCUCAGGCUUAUUUCCCUGUUGUCACCUGUGAAGCAGGGAUCCUGCUCUCACCUCAGGGCAUGCUGGCCUGACUCCCCUUGUUUGGUCAUCACCGGUAUCUUUUAGGGUUUCUUCCGGCCUCCAGAGCCCUCUUUGCCCACCUGUGCA